GAGGUGGAAAAAUAAACGAUUGGAUUAAGUCCUAGCUAGGUCUCACUCACGCUUUCUUUAAAAAGGGGGAGGGGGCUAGCUGGGUGUAGUCUGUGUGUGCCCACAUAGCCGUUCUGACAGUUUUGAGGUCUGCUCAGAUUUUAUCCUUGCGCCUUAGCCACCUUGCGAUCUACCCGGCCUUGUAUGUUCAUUAUUAAGGGGACAACGUAUUUGUGGUCUGCGUGAAAGAGACAUAAUUUAUAAUUUAGCUAAUAGGACUACGGUACAACAAGGAUGGGAGUAGAAGGCUGCACUAAAGUGAUCAAAUAUGUGCUUUUUUUCUUCAAUUUCUUUUUCUGGCUGGCAGGAGGGGUCAUCCUUGGGGUGGCUCUAUGGCUGAGACAGGACAGUCAGACCAGCGGCCUUCUCUCACUUAGGCUUGAUGGCAACCAAGCUCCCAGCACCUUCUACAUCAGUGUGUACAUCCUGAUCGCCGUGGGAGCCGUCAUGAUGUUUGUGGGCUUCCUGGGCUGCUACGGAGCCAUUCAGGAGUCUCAGUGUCUCCUUGGAACGUUCUUCGUGUGUUUGGUGAUCCUGUUUGCCUGCGAGGUGGCUGCUGGAAUCUGGGGGUACAUGAACAGGGGCACGAUCUCCGAUGAGAUGAUUCACUUCUAUGAUGAGGCUUACGACAAGGCACUUCUGGGCGACCAGGCAGCCGCCACAGUGCUGAAGGCCUUCCAUGAGUCACUGGACUGCUGCGGAAAGGAUGGUGUCACUGGCUUCUUCACUAAACUUCUUCAGGAUGUUUGUCCCAAGAGUCCCCUGAGCCUCACUGAGGCAAACUGUCACACAAAACUGGAGAAGAUCUUUUCUGAAAAGUUGUACCUGAUUGGCAUCGUUGCCCUGGUGGUUGCGGUCAUCAUGAUCUUCGAGAUGAUCUUCAGCAUGGUGCUCUGCUGUGGAAUCCGCAACAGCCCAGUAUACUGAGGCCGGGGGCCACGGGGCCACGGAUCAUGCAGGAACAUUGAAAAACAUAUUUUUCAGUUUCGUUUUAUAUGGUGCACCACUUUCUUAUGUAGUCGCUUAUAAGCAGUUAUUUCAGUGUUACUAAAUACAUUUCUUCUAUAACAAAUAAAUUUAAAUUUGAGGUACUGCGUUAUUGUCACAGUCGGAUCAUCUGUAUAUUGCGCCAGUUGUCUUGAAUAAUGGGCUAAUCGAUAUGCAUGAAUGACCUGGGACACACAUUUACACAUACAUAAAAUAUUUAAUGUACAUGUAAAACCUUUCAUUAAUUUUGUAUUUUUCCUGUAUUAACUUGUUAGGUACUGUGCUGAAGUUGAAGAUAUAUAUUCUCUGUUUUAUUGUUCUUUUUAUAUGUAGAUAUAUAGACUGUAUAUAUUGACAGUAUCCCUUUUAUCCCUGGCUAGCAUGGAUGCAUUAACCUCCCUUGGUUCUUUGCUUGUUAGUUUGUUCUCGGUAACAGCCACUAAGAAAUACCCGGAAGAGCAGAAAUGUAGUUUUCAUCCGGGAAGACCAGGGCCAUGCAGGUGAGGGGAGCAGAGAUGUGGGCUUAAGUAUUCUCCAUUUUUCCCCCUUUCUCUUGUUCUUGGUGUCCCUGAAACAAUCUACUGCCAAUGAGAGCAACAGGCUGGGCCAUGCACUCACACACUGUUCAGCCUCCCGGUGAGCUGACUCCAGCUCUCUUCAGCUGACACGGGAGACCGUUUCAGCCAGGGUCCAUGCCUGAAUGUCAGACAGCAGUGGGUCCGGGCGGCUAGGCAUUGUGCAGAGGUUUAUGUCGUCAUGGUCUCAGAUAAAGCCUGCCUGUAUGGCCCCAACAGGAGCUCUCUUUGCGUGCGCGGUCAUAUCCAGAUAAGAUACCUACGGUCCUGCUCACAAGGAGGACACACGUUUGCAGAGAUCUGCCUAGCUAAGCUAAUCAUCUACUUUUUACAAAUAUUUUUUCAUGCAGGUGUCUUGCACUUGCAAGCUAUAUAAUCACUGGAACUACCAAUGCAUUUGAUCAGGCUAGAAAAAAUAUGCAAAUGUUUCCACUACUAGCCAGGUUGCUUGGAUGGUUGUCAAAUUUAGUUUAUAUCUAGCUCUGUAGGUACUUUAUAGCUAUAUAUAUAUAUAUGUGUGUGUAAAUGAUAUGAUAUCAGCAUGCACUAGUUUUCCUUCUUCUAGGAUUGUCUAGCUACCUGGCUGUAAUGACAGCAGCCAGCAUGUUAAUUGUCUAAUCAUCUAAAAUGUCUCCGGAUCAGUGGCAGAUAGCAAGGCCGCUUGCAUGACUAAGAGCAGGCAGCUGAGCAUGUGCUCCCCAGCAUGAACUGGACAGGGAUGUACACCCUGUUACUUUCUAUACACCCUGUUACUUUUAUACUUGUUUUUUAACAUGUGUGUGGUUCAAGGACAAAACUGCCAAUGCAGAAACCACCUUGCCCACCCAUAGUAUACAAACAAUACUCAUCCUUUCAUUCUACUGCCUAUUUUUGCUGGAAAGUUGUAUUAUUGGAAAGUAAACCCACACACUUCAGAUGCUACUGUAGAUUGUAAGCCCUUGUCAUUGAAACGUCCAGAACAGCGUAGUCGUGGUAACCACAUCUCCAGAACAGCGUAGACGUGGUAACCACAUCUCCAGAACAGCGUAGUCGUGGUAACCACGUCUCCAGAACAGCGUAGUCGUGGUAACCACAUCUCCAGAACAGCGUAGUCGUGGUAACCACAUCUCCAGAACAGCGUAGACGUGGUAACCACAUCUCCAGAACAGCGUAGUCGUGGUAACCACGUCUCCAGAACAGCGUAGUCGUGGUAACCACAUCUCCAGAACAGCGUAGACGUGGUAACCACAUCUCCAGAACAGCAUAGACGUGGUAACCACAUCUCCAGAACAGCGUAGUCGUGGUAACCCCAUCUCCAGAACAGCGUAGUCGUGGUAACCACAUCUCCAGAACAACAUAGACGUGGUAACCACAUCUCCAGAACAGCGUAGUCGUGGUAACCACAUCUCCAGGACAGCGUAGACAUGGUAACCACAUCUCCAGAACAGCGUAGUCGUGGUAACCCCAUUUCCAGAACAGCGUAGUUGUGGUAACCACAUCUCCAGAACAGCGUAGACGUGGUAACCACAUCUCCAGAACAGCGUAGUCGUGGUAACCACAUCUCUAGAACAGCGUAGACGUGGUAACCACAUCUCCAGAACAGCAUAGUCGUGGUAACCACAUCUCCAGAACAGCAUAGACAUGGUAACCACAUCUCCAGAACAGCGUAGUCGUGGUAACCCCAUUUCCAGAACAGCGUAGACGUGGUAACCACAUCUCCAGAACAGCGUAGUCGUGGUAACCACAUCUCCAGAACAGCGUAGACGUGGUAACCACGCCUUGUUGAAGGAUGAGGAAAAGGUGAGGGUUUGAGGAAUACCUUUAAGCAUGCAAACAACUAUCCUGGCUUUGGCUGACAGUGGAAAAGCAGUCCCUGUGGAGUAAAGUUUGGGAAACCUGUCUUAUGUUCUUAAGAACGUAGGCUUUCAUUCCAGGUGGAACUUGCUAUUAAAAACGUAUUUUAGUAAAAAUGUAUUACAAACGCAGGUCUUGAUAACUCGGAAAUGAAAUGAUAAUUUAUUUCUGAUCAUAUUUCUCAAGAUCAGAAAUGUGUAAAAAAAAAGAAAAAGCCAUUCUUGCCCAACCUAAUGCCAGGCAUCAUUGAGGAUUAUGACAAAAUAUCCUGUUUGCAGUUUGGCCAGGACAGUGCCAGGACAGUGCUAGGACAGUGCCAAGACAGUACCAGGACAGAUUUAUUUGGUCAGGAUAGGAGUUCAUUUCUGCUCAUCGAUUUUUUAUCAACCCAAGCCAUAGAGGGGUCAGUCCUGGGCCCCCGAGCCUUACAUGCUGAAUGUGUCUUAUCCUUUCCCGUACUAGCUUUAAACAAAACUGUAACGCUUUUAUUUUAUGAGGACUAUUGGGUCCCGUGGCAUGUUUGUAAGUGUUGUUGUGCCAAGUGUAGUGUGCCAUGACAGGUUGAUUGCAAAGUAAAAAACAAAAGUCAAAGCUAAAAUUCACAGAAUGAGAAUAGGAUGUUGGUUCAUGAAUGAGUUUCAUUUUUGACACCUUAGGGAUAUCUCGCUUUCAGUUUUUUUCCUACAGUACACUACAGUAUAUUUCAGAUUUAGUGUAUAUUUGUAAUUGCGCCUGACAUUGUUUGAGUGGAAUGAAGGAUAUCUUCCCGUAUUUUGAAAGUGUGAUGAAGCUUUGCUGUUGCAGGUUUAAAACAUUUGGGGGUUAAUUCCAAAGCAGCCUUUCCAAAUUAGAUUGCUGUUAUGAAGUGUUUGUGCCUGUUUAAGUCAUGAAAACUUGCUGUAGCCUGCAUGCAGCCCUGCGCCAAGCAUCUCACCACACAGCUCUCAUACGACGGACCCACAUAUAGGACAGAGCGUCUCUGAGGUCGGAUUCAAUGGGGAUUUCCUCUAUGUUCAGACCUGUGCCUUGCCCCAGAGAGAAGCUUAACUUUACGACAGAGCUGUUAGGGCCAAUGGGAUCAGAGACGGGUUGGAACGAGCGAACGUCAUCUACCAGCAGAGGGCGCUGUUGCAUUCUUCAGCGGCCCUGAAUGUGGGACACAAGCUUGUCAUCCGUGAUCACUGUCUGCUUAAUGACUCAAUAACGUGCCGCCCCCGCGCCACUAACACCGAGAUAGUGUGUCUAUCUGCCUGCUUACUCACCCAGACGCAGCCAUGUCCCCGCAUUUAUACGUUUGUAAACCUACUUUUUACAUGGCUUUUAUGGCCAAGUAGAAUAUCGUCUUUAACACAUAGUGCUUAUGCUUAUAUUUGGAAAAGUGUCUUGUAACAUGUACAGCUACAUAUAAACAUACUAAUUGCUAUGAAAAAGAAAGAAAUGUAAGCCUUUCUGCAGUUUUGUUCCUGGUACUUUGUUGAAAGAAAUAGGGGCAGACAUUUAAAAGGAAAUAUAAUGGGACUGAAGAACACUUGGAUCAAACGUAUGUCAGGAGCUGGUCCUAUGCCAGAGAAGUGUCCAAGUUUUAACCCGUGAUUUAGUCAUUUAAAGCCUGUGGCUUUUGAAGAUUAAUAAUCAAUUUGUGAGGAAGUCCAUAAGGUGAACAGCGCACUGCGUAGUCCGCACGGCGUAGUCCGCACGGCGUAGUCCGCACGGCGUAGUCCGCACUGCAUAGUCCGCACGGCGUAGUCCGCACUGCGUAGUCCGCACUGCGAGCUGCAGAAUGUACUCGAUCCAGAAGAGAUGCUCCCUGAAGAGUGAGCUCCCCGCUGCCUGAUCCUCAGUGAGAAUCACAGGCCCAUUAUCUUUAAAUGUUUGCUCCUUUUCAAUUUGACUUUGUUUUUUGGCCGAUAUUUAGGAUUAAAUGUAUUUUACAAAUAA